UCUCUCAUAUAGGAGGAUCCCGGUAGAGAGCCGGAGAUUGCACAUCCGAGGCGCACUACCUCACACACCUCAGCAUCAACAGGAACCUCCAAACAAAAAGCUCCAGAUCCAGAUCCAGAUCCAGAUCCAGAUCCAGAUCCAGAUCCAGCUUCAGAUCCAGCUCCAGAUCCAGACUGACACGCCGCUCAUCAUCUGUUUCACUCCGGAAAUCCUGCGGAUUUUUUUUUUUUCCCCCUUUUUCUACCUUCAUCUUUCUCUCAGCGGAUCAAUUAAGGCGCGCGCACAUUAGGCGGUGCUGCACGGGAAAUUUAAAGCGGCGGUGUGUUUUAGUGUGCUUUGUAGUGUGUGUGGGUGUGUGUGUGUGUGUGUGUGGGUGCUGCAGUGUUCUCCUGCAUCCUCGGACUUGGAUCGGAGCAACAGCCGCCGCCGGCGCGUCAGUGAGGUAGAACAACCCUAUAUCAAGCUGCAACCAUGGAUGAGAUGGACCUGCCCCAGAUGAAGAAGGAGGUGGAGAGCCUCAAAUACCAGCUGGCCUUCAAACGAGAGAAAUCCUCCAAAACGGUCACAGAUUUGGUCAAGUGGAUUGAGGACGGCGUCCCUGAGGAUCCCUUUCUAAACCCAGAGCUGAUGAAGAACAACCCAUGGGUGGAGAAAGGCAAAUGCAUCCUCCUCUAGGGAGAGGAAGCAUACAUCCUCCCAGGACCACGUGUGUCAACAGUAACCCUACAGAUGACCCCUGAAGCCAACGCGGACUGUGAGGGCAGUGGCCGGACAGCGCCCAAUGUGCCCUCACUAUGAAUGUACUACAGCUGUUACCCCCCCCCUCCACCUCACCCUAGACACACGCACACACAACCACAAGGGCACAGAAACACUCACUGACACUCGCACACAUCAUCACUCUAAACCUUGUCUGACUCUUUCUCUGCGAGUUUAUUCCUUGCCACGGCAAUCUAGCAUUACUAUGAUAUGAGAGCAACAAUCAUUACUUGUACUACACUGGUUUGUAUGAAUAUACUGUUUGAUUAUUUAUUUAUUCUGCUGCCAAUUGCAAUCUUGUUUUUUUUAAGUCCCACUUUAAUGCAUUAGUGAUGUGUAAUACAAUGUUGAAUCACAUUCUCACUGCCAGACUGACUGCAGGUGGAAGAAAUGCAAGACUUUCAUUGUCAUUAAAAACAUUGUGAUCUUUACUUUUAACUAAAACGAGAGAUUUUCCAAGUAAGACAUUAGCAAAAGAAAAAAAAACUUACUAAAACAGAGAAUUCACCAACAAUAAUGCUUGACAGUGAAUAAGUAACUCUUUCAAUAAAAACAUUUGCUUUUACUGUGUAAUUGGCAUAGAUUAACAUAAAAAUACCGAUGUUAAGAAUAGCAGAGAAAGAUAUUGUAAAUCUUAACAGCCUAGUUUAACGUUGUCUGUUAGCAAACAGUUCAAUUUAGGUUCAAUCCAUGCUAACAAAAUAGUCUGCAGAAUGGAGCAUGCAAGUGGACAUGUUGAAUGCCUCUUUUUAAAGUUUGGAAUAAAAAAAGUCUUUCUUGAUUAUUCUUGAUGAUGAACUGGCAGCCCACUUUGUGCAGAUUGCUUUCCAAGCAAGACCAACAAAUUAGCCAUUAACAUGGGUUUUUAUGAUCUGCUUCAGUUUGUUCUCCCUCUGCCACCAUUAAAUUCAAUUGCAAGCUAGAAAUUGAAACCAUGAGCUAUCUGCAUGCUAGCCCUGCAAUAGGUGUAAUGUUAGUCCUUUAAUGUAAUUGACACGUAUUAGUAUGACAUUGGUAAUUAAACUUUUUGCUAGAUUUGUAAAAAUUUGUUUGGUUAAUUGUUUUUGAGACACUCUUGUUAUCUUUCCAGACUAAUGGAUGUUAGCAUCGUUAUAUUUUGCUUUGUGGGAUCUUUCAGCCAACUUCAUGUUAUCAGAAAGGCACUACUUAAGUGAUUUCUUAGUGCUACAGACCUGGCAGUCAUCAUGCCUGGGGCUGUGUGGAGAAAAAAAAAAUCUGCUUCGAAAAAGUUUGAGUUUUCAGUAUAAAAGCUGACUUAAUAAUUUAUUAGCUGUCCAGUCCUUACAGAAUCCAACAGCCAAGCAUACUGAAAUACAACAAAAUUUAGCAAAAUUAGCUUAGCAUAAAUGUGAAAGUCAUUAAAAAUGGCUUCUUUACACAACGACAAUAAAAAACGAUGCACUUCUGGACAAGUAAAAUGUUUUUGAUUUUUUUUUUUUUUUUAAAGAUACCCCUCACGAAUUGUAAAAAGACGUUUUGUCAUAGCAUUAUAUUUAGACACCUCACACUAUAACAGUAGCCCCUUUGCUGCAGCACACAGAGUAAAUGGUCACCAAAUUAUUCAGCUGCCACACUGAAAACACAAAAGGAGUCAAAAUGAUUGGAUCCCCGGUAGCUGCUUGGACUAGGACAGAAGGUGAAUAAUCCACUACUUCGUACAGGCGCUACAAAACACUUACAAUUGGUUGGGCCCAUGAGUUGCCCAAAAUUGAUUAUAUAAACAUGAUAAAAACGUUUGUCUUAGGUGAAGUUAUCACAGAAACACAGCAAUCAAUGUAAACAUAGCUAGCAGCCUGCUGCUUGCUAAGUGUGCAGCGACAGGUCCAAGUAGCUAACGUCGUCCUGUGGUGUAAAAAUCUGACUUUUCCCCUGAGAAACUGUUCAACCAGAAAUCUCUUAAACGACCACUUUAGUAGUAACACUCUCCUACUGAAUGUGGCCACUACAGCUGAUUGAAGAAUACCUCAGUGAGUACACUUAGCAACGUUUGUGCAGACCAUGCUAGCACCCGAGCUGCUUCCAAAACUAGCUUCCUGUUAUGUAUGACUGCUGCCCUUUUCAGAUAAAAAAAAAAAAAAACAACAACUUAAUUUCAAGGACAAUCAUCAUAUUGAAAUUUAGCAUGAAUGUCAUGACGUUGAUGUUUCUCCAAGCCCAGUCAUAGCAAAGGUAAACUCUGGGUCUCUUGGGCAGGUUUAGGUUUCCGCUCCCUCUCAUCCUGAACCACGGCCCCUGCAGACCACGCACAACCGUGGAGACCAAUGCAAGAAACCUUUCACAUGCAUCCCUCCUCACAUGUAUAGACGGACCCCUUUAACUUAUUAACUUAUUUAUUUAUUUAUUGAAGAGAACUUCCUUUAAGCUUAUGCUAUUUUAUAUAGUCGCAACCUUUCCUCCUUAUGUCCUCCUCAAAAAACAAACAACAAAAAAAAACGAAUAAAAAAAUAAAAGAAAAUCACAACAACAAAAAAAGCUCCACCUUGCCAGAUCGCCAUCUACUACUGCCUUGUACACAGUUUCCUUAAAACGAGAAUGUAAAUAUGUGGCAUGAGGUUCCGACAUCACUGCUGACCUCAGAGGUGGCCUGUGAGUGCAUGUGACUGCAAUCUUGUGUAUAUGUGUGCAUACUUUCAGAAACAAAUCUGGACAAGAAGCUCCCAUGUGGGCUGCAGCUGCAUCACACACGGGGCGCUGGCCAGAUCAGCAACAACACACACUCACACACACACACACACACAUAAAUGCACGCUACUCAGUGAGAAUGUGUACCAAGGGAAGCUUGGCAAGGACAGCGGAGUCUGGACGCGACUUGGGACAGCAGAGCUUCACAUCUUCUAUGUACUGUAUUAAAUCAGAUUCAGUUUGUGUUUCGGCGGCUGCUCCCGGGAGUUGUACUCUACUCCCAAGUGAGUUUGAGUUAUAUUUUCACUUUUUUUUUCUGCUGUCAAGAGUUGCUAAGCAAGUUUCGUCCACACACAGGCUGCGAAAGCAUGUUUUACAGUCCAAAAAUGCGCUAGACGUAACAACAAAUCUUAAAAAUACCAGUUGAGUUCAAAGUGACAGCCCUGCACAAUGCGAGCAAUGUCAAAACAUAAAGAAUCACAAAAUGCUUUAUUUGUUAUUCCACAAAAAGUAGCAGAAAAGGAAUGUUUAGGUACUGCAAGGAAUUUCCUUUUCUGUAAAAUGAUCCCUAUGGGCCAACAUCAUAGCAUGAGAAACAUUUUCAUACCGUGACAACACUCACUGCGUUUCCAUGAAUGUUUUUUUUCUUUUUAAUUCUCAUUUUAAAAUAUCUUAUAUGACUGAAACAGCAAAAUUCGAAAUAACUUACUCAAUUUCGCAAAAAAUGUUUUUGCACUCGCGCAAGGCGGUUUUUAUCUUUUGUUUUUUUUUUAAAGAGACAAAAAAACAUUUGCCGAUGCGUUCUGAUGUAGCGAACUUUUACCUCACUUGACCAAUCAUUUGUUUUUGCUGUUGCCGUUUGCAGUUCUUUCUCCAGGCAUCAUGUAACAUCGCAGAAUCUGGGAGACAUGACAGAACGUUUCCAACUUGGCCGAUAGCAACACAUUCCCGGAAACCUCCUUCUGUUUUUCUGGGACAUGUGGUCCAUGCUCGUUUUCAACCUCUGCCAUGUGUAGCAUCGAUAUCCGACAAAGUCACGUUUUGCGUAGCCUGGUUGAUGUGCUCCAAACCAGUAGUAAGAAAAACGCCUAUUUCACAUUGUCUUUUUUGCGACAUUUUCAAAUGUUUGCUCCAAAUUAACAAUAAUUGAAUGGAAACGUAGCUACUGUCUACGCGUCAUAGACAUAAAUAGACUUUUGCGAUUGCUUACAAACGUCAUUUUUUUUCAACAGUGACAUUUGCUCCUUCGUCCUUAAAUAAACGCUGCCUCUUUGACGCCAUGUUUUUCCUCACACAAUUAACGACCUCAGUAGUUGAACGCUACACGGACCGCUCUCUUAUUGCACCGAGCCAGUGUACAACACCUGCUAGUAAACAACUGGUAAUGUGGAAUAGUUUGUGACUCAGUUGUCCAGUGAAAGCAGCCGUUGGACUAGUGAUUGGAGUAGAAGUGCUAUUACUUUGAACACAACCGAAUCCGCAAACCUCAAUCUCAACAAAGAUCUUGAACAAUGUUCCUACUAUGGAGGAGCCUCCAUUCACUUUCGAUUUGCUUCUGGGCUUCAGGGUUGUAGCCUUUGUACCGUCCACCUGAGUCCCUCCGACUAUUGUCUUCAAUUCUGCAAUUUAAAAUAGGUCUGAAACGUGCUUCGUCCAAAUGGAAAAGCUCCAAAUUGUCUGGACUAAACCUACAAAAGACGUACAUGAGAGGACUCCUGUCUCUGCCUGUCCCUUGUCUGUUUCACGUCCUGCUUCUGUAGCUUUACUUGUUUGGUUUGUUUUUUCCAUGAUCUGAACUUGGAUGUGGAUGUCUAAUACUAAAACAUAACGACUGUAUAAGACCUUGUCUUGAUAUUUAGCAACAUAUUCUAUGUGGGAGUGCUUUGGAAAAAUUAUGCAUCAGAUCAAAAAGUCCUAGUAUAAGAAUGACAAUGAGCAAUAAAUUGUAGACCGUUUUUUUAUUGAAUGUUUUACAAAAACAUUUACCUUACUUAAUAAAGUAGAAGAUUUUUAGACAA